CAGCCUCACGACGCUCUGGACGUGAUUCCGUUGCCACACAAAUCACCCCACUGUUUGAUUCAAGAAUAUCACGCACGCGAUUGCUGAAUAAAACAAAAAUUCAUCAAAAAUUCGCACGUGAAUUCCCAAAAAUUGUGACACGGUAAGAAUGCAGUGAAAAACUCUCGGAUUAAGUGACAAAAAGUGAAACGUGUGAACUGAAAAAAUGCCAGUGAGGCAGUGAAAACAUUUUACAGGAAUUCUCACUCUGGGGCGAGAAGAGCGCCCCAACAAGUAGUGGAUUAAUGGUGAGGACAAUCGAUGAGGAACAUGAUCAAGAUGGAUACAGUGAAAUUCUGAUGUUAAGAUAAAGAGUGACGGAUUGAGGAAAUUUUACACUACCAUUGACUGUGAAACAAGAACGCGAGAUUAUGUUGGAAUUCUAUCCAAAUCCGAAUUCAGCGGGAAUCAUGCAAAAUCAUGAGCCAAUUUCCAAUUCCCUCGAAUGCAAUGGACGAACAGAAGUGGGCAUCAAAUGCGAGAAGAACUACGAGAUCUGCGAGGGGUGUGGCCAGAAAAUUCACGACAGAUACCUUAUGAGAGUCGCGGACGCGAGCUGGCAUGAGCACUGCCUAGCGUGCUGCGUUUGUGGCGUUCCACUCAAUCAUUCCUGCUACUCGAGGAACACAAAGCUCUACUGCAAGGCAGAUUAUGACAGAAUCUUCAGCGUCAAGUGCUCUCGGUGCAGUGAACGCGUUCUGCCGCAUGACAUGGUGAUGCGGGUCCAGAAUUACGUUUAUCACCUGCCCUGCUUCAUCUGUGGCAUCUGUUGUCGUCCUCUAGAGAAGGGCGAACACUACUUUGUGCGCGCCGGUCAGCUCUUCUGUCGCCUAGACUACGAGAAGGACUUCUAUAUGUCUCCGCAUGAUGAUGAUAUGCUUUUAGACGACUCUGUGAGGCCUCGCGAUGGCCGACGAGGCCCGAAGAGGCCCAGAACAAUCCUGACAUCAGCCCAAAGGCGUCAAUUCAAGGCAUCUUUUGAGGUGUCGCCAAAACCCUGCCGCAAGGUGAGAGAAGCCCUGGCUAAGGACACGGGCUUGUCGGUGCGCGUGGUGCAAGUGUGGUUUCAGAACCAGAGAGCCAAGAUGAAGAAGAUUCAGAGAAAGGCGAAGCAAGACGGUGACAAGAAAGACGACGCAGUGAAGGAAGAGAAGGGCAUAAAGCAAGAGUCGCCCAACAGCGAUCAUGGGCACUACAUCGGUCUGGACAGUUCUUUCGGGUCUGCUAGUCAACCGCUGAACCCCAACAUUCCCUACUCUCCAGACGACUACCCUGGUAAUUCUGGGGAUAGUUUUUGCAGUUCCGACGUGUCUCUGGACGGCAGCAGCUUUGAUCACCUGGACGAGGGCACGUCGGACACACUCUCGCUGCAAAACCUGGACUUACAGGCAGGACACGGCCAAGGUGGCGCUCACGAGAGCCUGGUGUCUCUCACGGCGGGCGUGAUAAACCCCAUCGACAAGCUGUAUCUCAUGCAAAACUCCUACUUUAGCUCCGACCAAUGAGAC